CGACGACGACGACGACGACGACGAGGAGGAGGAGAGGACCCGGCCCGGCCGCCGCCGCCCCCGCCAUCUUGGGGGACGAGAAACCGCCAUCGCCCGGGCAACGCGGAGGGCGCCGCGGAGGAGGAGGAGGAGGAGGAGGAAGGCCGGCACCGCCGCUCCCCUCCCCCCCCCCGCCGGACUGGGGGCUGAGCUGCGUGUUUGGAGACCCCCGUGCAUGACGAGAGCUGUGUUCUAUGGCCUCGGAGCUGGGAGCCGGGGACGAUGGCCGCUGCCCGGAACUGGCGAAGCCCCUCUACCUGCAGUACCUGGAGAGGGCCCUGCGCUUGGAUCAGUUCCUGCGGCAGACUUCCGCCGUCUUCAACCGGAGCAUCUCCAGCGAUGACAGCGAGGACGGGCUGGACGACAACCCCCUGCUGCCCCAGUCCGGGGACCCGCUGAUCCAAGUGAAGGAGGAGCCCCCCAGCUCGCUCCUUGGAGAACCCUCCGCCGCCGGCCGCUCCGGCGCGCUCAACUCCUACUCGCUGAACGGCGUGCUGCAGCCGGAGCCCAAGUCGGAGAAAACGAACCUGUACAACUUCUCCAAGCUGAAGAAGAGCAGAAAGUGGCUGAAGGGCAUCCUGUUGAGCGAUGAGUCCAGUGACCCCGAGGACUCUCAGAGCGAAGAGGAGCGGGAGGAGGAGGAGGAGGAAGAGGACGAGGAGGAAGAGGAGGAGGAAGAGCUCAACCUCAGCCGGGAGGAGCUCCACAACAUGCUGCGGCUGCACAAGUACCGAAAGCUGCAUCAGAGCAAGUACAGCAAGGACAAGGAGUUGCAGCAGUACCACUACUACAGCGCCGGCCUGCUCUCCACCCACGACCCCUUCUACGAGCAGCAGCGUCACCCCCUCGGGCCCAAGAAAAAGAAAUUCAAAGAAGAUAAGAAACUGAAAACCAAGUUGAAAAAAGUGAAGAAGAAACGGCGGCGGGAUGAGGAGGCGUCCUCGGAGGAGUCUCCGCGUCGCCACCACCACCACCAGAUCAAGGUGUUCGCCAAGUUCUCCCACGACACCCCUCCCCCGGGGUCCAAGAAGAAGCACCUGUCCGUCGAGCAGCUGAGCGCCCGCCGGCGGAAGGUGUGGCUCAGCAUCGUCAAGAAGGAGCUGCCCAAGGCGUACAAGCAGAAGGCUUCGGCCCGCAACCUCUUCCUCACGAACAGCAAAAAGCUGGCCCACCAGUGCAUGAGGGAGGUACGGCGGGCGGCCGGCCAGGCCCAGAAGAACUGCAAGGAGACCCUGCCCCGGGCCCGGCGCCUCACCAAGGAGAUGCUCCUCUACUGGAAGAAGUACGAGAAGGUGGAGAAGGAGCACCGCAAGCGGGCGGAGAAGGAGGCCCUGGAGCAGCGCAAGCUGGACGAGGAGAUGAGAGAGGCCAAGAGGCAGCAGCGGAAGCUGAACUUCCUGAUCACGCAGACGGAGCUGUACGCCCACUUCAUGAGCCGCAAGCGGGCCGUGGGCCCCGACGGGCUCCAGGAAGAGAUCCUGCGGCAGCUGGAGGACAGCUCUGCCCAGAGGCAGAUCGACAUUGGCGGGGGCGUGGUGGUCAACAUCACCCAGGAGGACUACGAUAGCAACUACUACAAGGCCCAGGCCCUGAAGAACGCCGAGGACGCCUAUCAGAUCCACCAGGCCCGGACGAGGUCUUUCGACGAAGACGCCAAGGAGAGCCGGGCGGCGGCCCUGCGGGCCGCCAACCAGUCCGGCACCGGCUUCGGCGAGAGCUACAGCCUGGCCAACCCGUCCAUCCGGGCCGGCGAGGACAUCCCCCAGCCCACCAUCUUUAACGGCAAACUGAAGGGCUACCAGCUGAAAGGCAUGAACUGGCUGGCCAACCUGUACGAGCAGGGCAUCAACGGAAUCCUGGCGGAUGAGAUGGGGCUGGGCAAGACCGUACAGAGCAUCGCCCUCCUGGCACACCUGGCCGAGCGAGAGAACAUCUGGGGUCCUUUCUUGAUCAUCUCCCCCGCCUCGACCCUCAACAACUGGCACCAGGAGUUUGCCAGAUUUGUUCCUCGAUUCAAAGUGCUGCCGUACUGGGGAAACCCUCACGACAGGAAAGUCAUCCGGAAGUUCUGGAGCCAGAAGACGCUGUACACUCAGGAUGCCCCCUUCCACGUGGUGAUCACCAGCUACCAGCUGGUCGUGCAGGACGUGAAGUAUUUCCAGCGGGUGAAGUGGCAGUACAUGGUUCUGGACGAGGCCCAGGCACUCAAGAGCAGCUCCAGCGUCCGCUGGAAGAUCCUGCUGCAGUUCCAGUGUCGGAACCGGCUCCUGCUGACCGGAACCCCCAUCCAGAACACCAUGGCCGAGCUCUGGGCUCUGCUGCACUUCAUCAUGCCGACGCUGUUCGACUCCCACGAAGAGUUCAACGAGUGGUUUUCCAAAGACAUCGAGAGCCACGCGGAGAACAAGUCCGCCAUUGAUGAGAACCAACUGUCGCGCCUCCACAUGAUCCUGAAGCCGUUCAUGCUGAGAAGAAUCAAGAAGGACGUGGAGAACGAGCUGUCGGAUAAGAUUGAGAUCCUGAUGUACUGCCAGCUGACCAGCCGGCAAAAGCUGCUCUACCAGGCGCUGAAAAACAAAAUCUCCAUCGAAGACCUGCUGCAGUCUUCCACGGCCUCCACCCAGCAAGCCCAGAAUACCACCAGUAGCCUCAUGAACCUGGUCAUGCAGUUUAGGAAGGUGUGCAACCACCCAGAGCUGUUUGAGCGGCAGGAGACCUGGUCCCCGUUCCACAUCUCCCUGAAGCCGUACCAGAUAUCCAAGUUAAUCUACCGACACGGACAGAUCAGGGUCUUCAACCACUCCCGGGACAGGUGGUUAAGAGUUCUUCUCUCGCCUUUUGCCCCUGACCACAUCCAGCAGUCUCUGUUCCAUAGGAAGGGGGACAACAAAGAAAGUUGCUUCUCUUUCCUGCGAUUUAUCGACGUGUCCCCAGCAGAAAUGGCAAACCUCAUGCUUCAGGGCCUCCUGGCCAGAUGGUUAGCUCUUUUCCUGUCUCUGAAAGCCUCCUACAGGCUCCAUCAGCUGCGCUCCUGGGGAGAGCCAGUGGGGGAGAGCCAGCAGAGGUCUCUGGGCCUGAGGAACAAGGAUUUCCUGCUGGGCGUUGACUUUCCGCUCUCCUUUCCCAACCUGCGCAGCUGCACCUUGUUACAGUCCCUUGUGUUCAGCAGCCACUGUAAGGCGGCGAGCGGCUACUCAGAUCAGGUCAUCCACCGCCGGCGAUCGGCCACCUUCUCGGUCCGCCCCUGCCAGUUCACCGAGCUGCCGUCUUUCCUGUGCGUGGCCAGCCCGAGGGUCACGGCCGGGCCCCUGGAGUCCUACUGCAAUGACCGAAGCGCGGAGUUCGAACGCAGGGCGCUGCGCGAUGGGGGCAGCCUGGCCGCCAAGCAGUGCCUGCUGAACGGGGCCCCCGAGCUGGCCGCCGAUUGGCCCAACCGGCGCUACCAGUUCUUCCCGGCGGCCCCCGGCGGGCUCUGGGGCAUCAGGCCCCACAACGGCUGGUCUUUCAUCCGGAUCCCAGGCAAGGAGAGCCUCAUCACUGACAGCGGGAAGCUGUACGCCCUGGACGUUCUGCUCACGCGGCUCAAGUCCCAAGGCCACAGAGUCCUCAUCUACUCUCAGAUGACCAGGAUGAUCGACCUGCUGGAGGAAUACAUGGUGUAUCGGAAGCACACCUACAUGCGGCUGGACGGCUCUUCCAAGAUCUCGGAGAGGCGGGACAUGGUGGCCGACUUCCAGAACAGGAACGAUAUCUUCGUGUUCCUGUUAAGCACAAGGGCCGGAGGCCUGGGCAUCAACCUCACAGCUGCCGACACGGUGAUCUUCUAUGACAACGACUGGAACCCCACGGUAGACCAGCAGGCCAUGGACCGGGCCCACCGACUGGGCCAGACCAAGCAGGUGACCGUGUACCGGCUCAUCUGCAAGGGCACCAUCGAGGAACGGAUCCUGCAGCGGGCCAAGGAGAAGAGCGAGAUCCAGCGGAUGGUGAUCUCGGGAGGAAACUUCAAACCGGACACUCUGAAGCCCAAAGAGGUGGUCAGCCUCCUGCUAGAUGACGAAGAGCUGGAGAAGAAAUUGAGGCUGCGUCAGGAGGAGAAGCGCCAGCAAGAGGAGACCAACCGAGUGAAGGAGCGCAAGCGGAAAAGGGAGAAAUACGCAGAGAAGAAGAAGAAGGAGGACGAGCUGGAUGGGAAGAGGCGGAAAGAGGGCGUGAACCUGGUGAUCCCGUUCAUCCCCUCGGCCGACAACUCCAACCUGUCCGCCGACGGCGACGACUCUUUUGUCAGCGUGGACUCGGCCAUGCCCAGCCCCUUCAGCGAGAUUUCCAUCAGCAGCGAGUUGCACACGGGCUCCAUCCCGCCGGACGAGAGCAGCAGCGACAUGCUGGUCAUCGUGGACGACCCGGCCUCCUCGGCCCCGCAGUCCCGGGCCACCAACUCCCCGGCCUCCGUCACUGGCUCCGUCUCGGACACCAUGAACGGGGUCACCCCACAGGAGGGACCGGCCGCUGGCCGCGGGGCCCUGGGCAGGGGCCGGGGAAGGCCCAAAGGGGCCAGCGGCGCGGCGAAAGGAGCGGGGAAAGGGAGGAGCCGGAAGUCCACGGCCGGCAGCGCGGCCGCCAUGGCGGGGGCCAAGGCCGGGGCGGCGGCGGCCUCAGCGGCAGCGUAUGCCGCCUACGGGUACAACGUGUCCAAAGGAAUCUCGGCCAGCAGCCCCCUGCAGUCCUCCCUCGUGCGACCCGCCGGCCUCGCCGCCGACUUCGGACCCUCCAGUGCCUCGUCCCCCCUGAGCAAAGGAAACAGCGUCUCCGGGACCGCCAAGGGCCUCAGGCUGACGGGCAGCCUGACCCCCGACCCCCUGCUCCGCAAACAGGGCAAAGGGGCCCACCCUGCCGGGGGCCGGUAGCCCGUUGGGGCCACCGGCUGCCGGCCGGGGGACCCCGGGGUCGAGCACUUCGAUGGCGGUCCCCGGGAGAGCGGUCCUGGCCUCCCCUUUUC